AUUCAGUACGCCUCUAGAUUUUCUUACUGACUGACGCACUCGUUCCAUCCCCAAGUCAUGCUUGUCACUUGACAAAAUUAGUGCAUACGUUUUCGUCCAGAGAAGAAGAAGAAUAAAGACGUUUUAUUUUUCAGUGUACAGUUGCUCACAUGUCACUCAUUGUCAGCCAAGUGUACACCAUCUUCAAAUAACAACGGAUGGAAGAAUAAUAAGAGUUUCGUGAAUGUGGUUGUGGAGAUAUUUUGGCCAGUUGAAUACUUACUUUCGGUGAGUAAAAUCAACUUAUCGAUCUGUUCAAAUAUAGGCCGAGAGAGAAGACGUGGUGACCUAGAGGAGAAAAAGCAGUGCUGCAUUCGUUGGUACUUAAGUAAGACUCAACAGUGCAUCGAUUGAGCUGCCUCGUCCCGGGUACAAUUCCAUUUCCUCCGAAUUCCGUAGGACAGUCGUCGUCAUCUGGUUAAUUUUUAGCAGUAUUUACACUGAUUGUCGUGAUUAUCUGUCGUUACAUGUGAUAGUGAAAGUUGGGUCGGGUUCGGUAAAGUUGUGUGGUGGUGGUGACCGAGUUUGUUUUUAGAUCCUGCGUGCGUGUUUGGAAUCAAUACUACAGUCUAAACUUUCUCCUGCAAUACAUAUGUAAAUUUGGGAUAAACUCGGAAUGUCUGUCAAAAUGGUACCUUUCUUAACUCGUGGUUCGACGUGGUAGGGAUUUUUUCUCCCAAACUCGUCAUAAUUCCGAAAGAAACUUUAAGCCGUGACAUCAUAAAUACCACGAUCGCUUUAUCUUGCAACACUACGAUUAUUUACUUGCCGUCCAAUAAUAACAAGACCUGCCUGAUAAGUUCUAAAUAAUAUAAUAACCUGUGCCAUCUCUUCAUACGUAAUAAUGACCUUCGCCACGACCAACCUUUGUCAACAAUAUCAGGCUGCAUUACUGCUUGCCGGGAAAUGCACGCCAGGGAAAGAGCUCUCACAAGUUUAUUGCACGGAUGACAAAUAUGAGGUCAAACUCGACCUGCAAAACUUUCAACCGGAAGAAAUCUCCGUGAAAGCGAUUGACCGAUUCAUCAUCGUUGAUGGGAAGCAUGAGAAGAAGGAAGCCAAGCUUGGAAUAAUUUCGCACCAAUUAACGCGACGCUACGUUUUACCCGAUGGAGUCGAUCCGGAGGAAGUGUCCUGUUCUUUAAACGAGUCGAAUGGAAUGCUAACACUAUCUGCGCCACGACAUCUGGAGAAUGUCCCAACGAAAGAGGUUGUGAUCCCCAUUCAAAAAAAUGAGAAUGGUGACCUCAGCCCAGAGAAGGAGGUUACAUAAAAAAUAUUUCAUUAGCUCAUUACCAGAAGUAUUCUAUUAUACAUUAUCCGACGGAUUUACAAGUUAAUGAAUAAAUUGUUUGUUUUCAAAAAUGGAAUCAAA